UGAAGUGUGUGCUCUCCUCUCCGGGGUGCUCCGGGGGCCGAGGUAAUCGUAACAAAGAUGGCUGCUUCCAACUCGAGUAUAUCAAGUGAAUUUGGAGAGAAGAAGGAAGAUGAGUUUAACGAAUUUUACACUGAAGUCAAAGAGAUUGAGAAACGCGAUUCUGUACUCACGCCACAGCAACAAAUCGAAAGAUUACUACGUCCUGGGUCAUCGUACUUUAACCUGAAUCCAUUCGAAGUACUUCACAUUGAUCCUACUACGACGAUUGAGGAAGUGAAGAAGAAAUAUCGUCGAAUGUCAAUUUUGGUGCAUCCAGACAAAAAUCAAGACGAUGCAGAACGAGCUCAACAGGCUUUCGAAAUCGUCAAUAAAGCCUGGAAAACUCUGGAAAACGAAGAAUCACGAGCCAAGUGCAUGGAUGUUAUCGAAGAGGCGAAAGCACGCACAGAUCAUAUGAUAGCCGAGAAGAAGAAAAAAUUGAAGAAAGAAGGCAAAGAGGGUGCAGCUGUUCCAGUGCUUGAAGAAGAGACUGAAGAAGGUUACAGUCAUGCUGUGUGGGUGAUGACGAUGAAAUUAUUCGCAGACAUGGAACGUAGAAGACGAGAACUAGCAAUGAGAGACGCAGAACAACGCAAACGUAAACGUGAAGAGGAGCUCAGUGCAGAGGCCCAAGCAGCAAUGGAGAAAGAGUGGCAGAAAAAUUUCGAAGAGUCUCGGCAAUCGCGUGUUGACAGUUGGAAGGCAUUUCAAUCGGGUUCAGGUGCAGCUAAACAGAAGAAGACGAAAAAACUUAAGGCCUUCAGGCCACCAAAAACGAAAGCCGAAUCACGAUAAUGAAUUACGAGUAAUAAUACCCUUUGGCCUGCGGCCAAAUAUAAUUUCUCCGAUUGAAAUUCAAAAUAGUUACUGUGUGACUGCAGUGAUUGAUCAAUUUGAUAAUUGAAUAAAUUUUCCUUCUCAUAACAUUCUCGAUGUACAAGUAAAUGCAAUGGAGACCAUUACUGUCGAAUUUAAUCAAUCAAAAUGAGAAAUAAGUCGUUAUAUGCUCAAAAUAUCAUUCGCCAUAAUCUCAAUGAUGUAAUUUUGACUUAAAUAAACUUAUUUGUACACUCGAGAA